AUGAGAAGAGUCUGUUUGGUGAUGCAAGUCAUUGAAACUGCUGAUUGCCUGGGACCAGACCUGCCUGAGAGGAGAGAUAUAAUACUCGAUCAAAAAACCACCCUAAAGCAUGCUCGUUCUAGCAGCUUUCCCUCUAUAUCUCACCCUAUUGUAUCUCAAUUCGAUGAGCAACUGUCUAGACUUACAUCUUCUUCAGUGGCUACUUCUUCCUCCCUUUCAUCUUUCACUUGUAGAUUUGGUGAUCUUGAAAACUUAUCGGAUUACACACAAGAUUUGCUUCAACUACCACACGUUCAACAAGCCAUUUCACUGAACAUUGAUGAGGGGUACCUCAAGGUAUUAGACAUGUGUGCCACCAUCAAAGAUCUUUUGUCUAAUGAUCAUGAAAAACAAAACAGACAACACCUUCUUUCAGCUCUUCAACAACAUGAUAACUUGGCAUCAACCUCUGCUGUUGUUAGAGAAUUGCAGGAUGUCCAGUUAGUCACUCUAGGACUAUUUAAGGGUUUGUUGUCCUAUGUCAAUGGAACAGGAUCUAGUUGGUCCUUGUUGUCCAAGAUUAUGAUCUCAAAAAGUGAAACCAAUGAAUUCGACAAUGUUGAUGCUGCUUUGUUCUCACUUCUCAGUCACAACAAGGCCAGCAAAUAUGAAGAAUUGACGAAUCAGUUGCGAGAAAUGGAGGUAACCAUUGAGGUUGUUGAACAAGGGCUUGAAUGCUUUUUCAGGCGUUUAAUCAAAACCCGAGUGUCCCUCCUCAAUGUUUUGAAUCACUAGCUAGUCAAGCUAUAUAUAUAUAUUGAUGUUGCCUAUCCAAAAGUUUUGUACUACAGUAACACAUGUACUUUUUUUUAAAAUUAUUAUUAUAAUAUACAUCAAAAUGAA